GGGCCAGCCGGGCAAGCCCCAGCCGGUAGGGUGGCCGGGGUCGCAGCAGCAGCAGCAGGUGCUCCAAGGGGAUUACCGGACCGGUCACGGGCUGCGGGAGAGCGGCGGUGUCGUGCCCUCGUCACACUCGGACAGGAUUAAGCCGUCCACGAUGCGGACUGUUACGUGCAGAGGAGCUAUAAAACGUGAGGCAAUGUGCAGCCCUGAUGACGCUGUUACUCAGAAUGUUGAGGUGCAGGUAUCUUCAGAAGAGCAAAAGCAAGUAAACCCACCUUCCAUAUGGGAGACGAUAGCUUCUUGGGGUGUUAACUACAUGCACAUACCUUCAGAAGUGAAGAUAGGGUAUUACUUCAUCACCCUUCUAAUGUUGUCCUUGGUUAAAGAGUCCAUUGAUGUACCACAUAUUGAUAUGCUGACUGGCAAGCAUAGUGUUUUGAAUACGGUAUUUGUGAAAAAGGGUUGGGGUAUUACCUUAAUUGCAUUUGUCGUUUACCAUUUGACAUCACUUCCACUGCACCCUAAAUGGAUGAUUGGUCUCAAACAGCUUUUGAUUCGAAUUGCUGCCACAACAUUCUUCUUCUUCAUUUGGUGUGCGGUUGUUUUUGAAGUGGCUGAGCAAUACUCAGAGGUCUGCACAUUUAAUAACAUUAAGGUUGAAUUAACUAAGAGACAGUGUUUGAAACUUAAAGACCAUGUGUACUAUUCUUUUGAUAUUUCUGGUCACUCUUUCCUCACAACUUACUGUGUUCUCAUUAUGAUGGAGGAAAGUAAAGAAAUCCUCUACUUCCUUUGGCUGGGAAAAUGUUUGCGUGGAAUACCGACAAAUACAUCAGAGAGCAUUGGCUUGGCCAAAUUUGAUGAGAAAGACACCAAGAUAUUACACUCAAGAUAUACCAUAAUGUCUCCCAUUGUGGUGGUCAGUUUUGUGUGCAUUGUUUUGCUGUGCCUUAUCUGGGAUUUUAUGUUUAUUAUAACCACGUUGUAUUACCAUAACUUUCUGGAGAAGGUAAUUGGUACAAUCCUUGCUGUGAGUACGUGGUACUUCUUAUAUAGACAGCUAUUUACGUAUGUUUUUAAACAUAAAUUUUUUCUUUCUUAGGUAUAAUAUAUUACAAUCAUUUCCUGUGACGUACUGAGGAGGAAAAUGUACAGUAAAUUUCAAGCUCAAUAAGUAAAUUUAUUUGUUUGAAAGAAUUGUACAGUAUUUGUUAAAGACAUUUAUAAAGUUUUUAUAAACUUGAGAAAAAAUAUUUAUUUAUAUAAAUAUAUUUAAUGUUAUACCUAUUAGCCAGAACUACACUACUUGGCCUAGUAUGCAAUGCCUGAUUUGCCUAACAGGCAGAAUAAUUUUCACUAUUUUCAAACAUUUCUUUUCAAAUUGGUUUAUACCAAUAAAUAUUGUUAUAGUAAAAACUAGAUAUUAUAUACAGUGGUACCUGUUUACGAAUUUAAUGUUCCCAGAGACGGCGUAACUCAAAACAAAUUUGUAAAUAAUGUAAAUUGAAUUAAUCUGUUCCACAUUCCCAAAAAUAUUAACUUCAAAAUACAUUUCAUACAUAAUACACACACAUGUGUUGUACUAGAGUAUGUUCAAGUUACAGCUUACCUUUAUUGAUGACUCUUGUUGGCGUAUGGAAGACGGUGAGGUUGGGGUGGGGGUGGGGGGGUGGGAGGAGAGGUGUUAGUGUUUGGAAGGAGAGUCCCCCUUCCAUUAUACCAUCAGGUAGUGAUGACUUCUAUGGGGAACUCACUCUCCUAUGUUUUGCAGGCAUACCACUAAGUCCUGGCUGUGGCUCACUGCUUGCUUGUCUUACUUAGAAUCUGCCUAAAGACACUUGUUUUUUUCCUACAUUUUAACACUAGUCUGUAGUGAGACAUCACAUUGUCAUUAAAAAGGUCAGUGCAACGGCCUGCUACAGCUUUAUCUGGGUGAGAUUUUCAAAAAACCUUGCACUUUUUCCCAUACUACACACAUUUUAAUGAAGAAGGGACAUUCCCUACUGUCUCUGCUCACAACUAUUUUCUUUGGUUGAACCUUACCACUGACUUUCUUGGGACCCAUGGCAUGAUAUAUGAUUAUUACUUUUAUGCUCAAAAAACAAAAAAAGCACAAAAACAAUUAAAUUCUUUACAAAGAAUUUGAGCGCAAUUGUCACUAAGUGGGUGGCUCUGGUAAACUGAAGCGGGGGUCGCCCAUGCCAUCAGGAACCACGCGCUCGGCAGACCCAUACGUGUAUCAACAAAGUCGCAAGGCAAGGCAAAGGCAACCCGAUUCAAAUUUUCCAAUGAAAUUGCGUUCAUAACUCAAAAAAUUUAUAAAAAAAGGAUCUCCUUAUCCCGAGGUUCCACUGUAUGUAAAUUAUAUAUAUAAUGUUGUUCUUUAAUUAUAGUGCCGCCAACUAAUUUCUGCUGUAAAUUGGUAAAAAAUUGCAAGAGCGAAGGAUAUUAAGAGUACACCUAUAUGUGCGCUGGUAUUAUACAUAUACCUUAUAGCUAAAGUUGUUAGACAUGGUGAAUUUUCUUAAAUAUAAACUUUAUCAAAAUUUAUGUCUUGUUUAUUCGUAGAUACUUUAAUUUUCUGUAUGUGAUUUGGAUUUCUUUUAAUUUGACAACUUGACCUAACAUAAAUUGCCUCAUUACAAAAAUUCUGCAUAAUGUAGGUAAAACUAAGCCCAAGUAAAUUAGUUAUUUUGCAGAGGUAUAAGAAAGCAAACAAAAAUGCUGUGGCUAUUAAUUAUGGUUUGGCAAAUUAAAAAUGAUGUGUAUGUGCCCCUAUAGGUGGGGUGUAGAAUGAUCAUUCAGUACCAGCACCAAACUCCAGACCUGAGUGCUACCAUAUCUACCUAACUAAUAAAGAGUACAUAAAUUUUAUUUAUCUUUAAGUAGUGCUGUAGGAAAAAAGAAUGGUGUAAAUAUGUACAGAACUCUGCUAAAUAAAGUAUUUUUUUGUGAAAAA